AUGAGAAGAUGUGGUCCAACACCAGCUUUGACAAUCUUCGUCGCUUACGCUCCAACAUCAAGCCACGAAGAAGAAGAAGUCGAAGCUUUCAAUAUGGACCUGGAGAAGUUCUACCGAGAAGAUCAUGCUUUCUACAAGGUCAUAACGAUCAUGUCGAUUCAUGUCAUGGCGAUUUCGACGCUAAAGUUGGCCCAAGAAGAACGCCUGAGGAACUUCACAUCGGGACUCACUGCCUACAAUGCAAUGGAAUGA